CCAGUCAACAACCAGAACCUUGACCUUGCACUAAUUGGAAACUGUCAAUUUGGUGCUCUAGUAGAUAGGAAAUCAAACAUCAAAUGGUGUUGUAUGCCUAGAUUCGAUGCGGAUCCAAUCUUUUGUUCAUUGGUCAGGAAGUCAAAUGACAUUGGCUUCUAUGAGGUGGAGCUGGAAAAGUUUGCAUACAGUGAACAGGAGUAUAUCAAGAACACUGCAGUGCUCUCGACCAAGCUCUACAAUACCAGUGGAAGUGGUGUAGAGAUCAUUGACUUUGCACCUCGCUUUGACAUGUAUGCACGUGCAUUCCGACCAGUCAUGUUGGUACGAAUUGUCAAGCCAAUGGGGAACUGCAGGAUCAAGAUUCGCUUGAGACCAACUUUUGGAUAUGGAUGGGGAUCACCAGAAAAGACAAGGGGUACCAAUCAUAUUAGAUACCUGAUGCCAUCGAUGGUCAUGCGUUUGACAACCAAUGCUCCAAUAUCCUAUAUUGUCGAUGAAGUGUUGUUUGAAGCCGAUGAGACACUUUACUUUGUGUUCAUGCCAGACCAAAGUCUCAAGGAGUCGCUCAACGAGAUGAGCAAUUCAUUCCUUGAGAAGACUAUCGACUACUGGCAUCAAUAUACCAGAAGUCUUGCUAUUCCCAUUGAAUGGCAAACCCAAGUGAUCAGAGCAUGCAUCACAGUAAAGCUAUGCCAAUAUGAGGAGACUGGAGCGAUCAUUGCCUCGAUCACAUCGUCCAUACCAGACUCACCAACAAAGGAGGGCUUUGAUUUGAGAUACUGUUGGAUUAGGGACACGGCCUACAUCAUCCAUACAUUCAACAAGUUGGGUAACACCAAGAUCAUGGAGGACUUCCUAACAUACCUCUCCAACAUUGUGUCUGGCUCGGAGGAGUCCGGAGGCUUCCUACAGCCCGUAUAUGGUAUCUCAUUGGAGACCAAACUGUAUGAGAAGGCCAUGUUCCGUCUGGCUGGAUACAGAGGAUUCGGGCCAGUCAAGACCGGCACCAGGGAUCACACCCUCGUCCAGCACGACGUCUAUGGACACCUUCUGCUCUCAAGCACUCAGAUGUUCUUUGAUCAAAGACUCCAGAAGCCUGGCGAUGCCAAUCUCUUUAGAAAGUUGGAAGGACUUGGAGUUCAAGCCUACAGCAACUACAACAAGCCAGACUGUGGACCUGUUGGCACUGGCUCUAUUCAGGACGGCAAGAUAUACACGUACUCUAGUGUUAUGAGUUGGGCUGCAUGUGAUCGUCUAUGCAAGAUUGCCAAGAAGCUAGAGAUUGCUGACAGAGCAGUGUUUUGGAGAGCAACAGCAGACAAGAUACACAGCGAUAUCAUGGAGAACUGCUUCCACAAGGAGACAGGAACGUUUGUAUCGACUUGGAAGGGUAGCCAGGUGGACACGUUCACUCUGUUGAUUGCCGAAUGUGGCUUCAUCGGAUACGAUGACCCCAAGUUUAUCAAGACAGUGGAGCGUGUGGAGACUGAGCAGCGCAAGGGCAUGUACAUCAUGGAUGUGCCUAACUCCAACUUUACCAGCACAUCGUUCACUCUGGUCUUCCUGAUCACAUUGUCCAAGAUGGGUAGGGGGGAAGAGGCUCGCAAACUGUUUGAGAACCUACUCAAAGACUGCACCGUCAUGGGAUUGAUUGGUCAGACUGUCAACACAGAGUCCAAAGAGAACUGGGGCAACUUCCCAAAGACAACAUCUAUGGUUGCCAUCAUUGAUGCGGCCUUGUGUUUGAGUAACACAUGGGAGUCCCAGAUCUAA